AUGAGGCUUGCUCGAAAAGUGCCGGUGACUCGGUGUUGUUUGUGUGUGCCUUCCUAUGGUACUGCUUCAGCAAGGCAUUUCUGUUAUCACAAGCGACUUGCUGUACUCUUGGUUACAGCACAGUGUGCUGAGCACACUUGUGCUCAGCACACCUGGCACAGCACCCUUGGAUAAGGUACCGUUACGGUACCCGGUACAGGUUGUAUGUGGUAGCCGAAAUGUAAAAUUUAGAGCACGAGUUGUGCAUGCU